AUGCCGCAGCUGGACUCGGGCGGGGGUGGCGCGGGCGGCGGCGACGACCUCGGCGCGCCGGACGAGCUGCUGGCCUUCCAGGACGAAGGCGAGGAGCAGGACGACAAGAGCCGCGACAGCGCCGCGGGCCCCGAGCGCGACCUGGCUGAGCUCAAGUCGUCGCUCGUCAAUGAGUCCGAGGGCGCGGCCAGCGACGCGGGGGUCCCGGGGGCGGGCGCCGGUGCCCGCGGCGAGGCCGAGGUCGGGGCGGAGGCUCUCGGGCGGGCACACACUUCGCAGAGACUUUUCCCCGACAAACUUCCAGAGUCUCUGGAAGACGGCCUGAAGGCCCCGGAGUGCACCAGCGGCAUGUACAAAGACACCGUCUACUCCGCCUUCAAUCUGCUCAUGCACUACCCGCCCCCCUCGGGAGCAGGGCAGCACCCCCAGCCGCAGCCCCCGCUGAACAAGGCCAGUCAGCCUUCCCAUGGCGUCCCCCAACUUUCUCCUCUCUAUGACCAUUUCAGCAGCCCACACCCCACACCUGCACCAGCUGACAUCAGCCAGAAGCAAGGAGUUCACAGGCCUCUGCAGACCCCUGACCUCUCUGGCUUCUACUCUCUGACCUCAGGCAGCAUGGGACAGCUCCCCCACACUGUGAGCUGGCCCAGCCCUCCUCUCUACCCCCUGUCCCCUUCCUGCGGAUAUAGACAGCACUUCCCUGCCCCCACCGCAGCCCCUGGCGCCCCCUACCCCAGGUUCACCCAUCCACCCCUGAUGCUAGGUUCUGGUGUCCCUGGUCACCCCGCAGCCAUCCCCCACCCAGCCAUCGUACCCUCUUCAGGGAAGCAGGAGCUGCAGCCCUAUGACCGCAGCCUGAAAGCUCAAGCAGACUCUAAGGCAGAGAAGGAAGCCAAGAAGCCGACCAUCAAGAAGCCACUCAACGCCUUCAUGCUAUACAUGAAGGAGAUGAGAGCCAAAGUCAUUGCGGAAUGCACGCUCAAGGAGAGCGCUGCCAUCAACCAGAUCCUGGGCCGUCGGUGGCACGCACUGUCCCGGGAAGAGCAGGCCAAGUAUUACGAGCUGGCCCGCAAGGAGAGGCAGCUGCACAUGCAGCUAUACCCAGGCUGGUCGGCGCGGGACAACUACGGGAAGAAGAAGAGACGGUCGAGGGAAAAGCACCAAGAAUCCAACUCAGGAGGAAAAAGAAAUGCAUUCGGUACUUACCCGGAGAAGGCCGCUGCCCCAGCCCCGUUCCUUCCGAUGACAGUGCUCUAGGCUGCCCCAGGUCCCCAACUCCCCAGGAUUCGCCCUCGUACCUCCUGCUGCCCCACCUCCCCACAGAACUGCUUGCUAGCCCUGCAGAACCAGCGCCUACAUCACCAGGCCUCUCAGCCACUCUCAGCCUCU